AUGGCACCCGUCUUGAUACAUCCAUCUUUUUCACAUCUGAUCUCUCGUUCACCUGGGGAGGCCCACGCGGCUCCUAUCAAAGUCACAAGAUACAUCGGCAUCAAGGUCCUCCUGCAGCUUUUUGCAGGGACUUUCAUCAUUUUCAUUGUUGCGGUUCUCUUCUGGAAGUUUGGAAGAUUCUCUCGCUUCCUCACGCGGAAUAAGGUUCUCCGGAAAGGAAACACAACAACAACGCGUUACGCAAGGACCUGGUAUGGAUGGGUUUCCGCGAAGCGGCACGAACAAAACAAGGAGAUCAUUCGGAAAUGUUUCAAGAAGAUCUGCGAUUGGGCACUUUGGUGUUCAUCGAACAAUGACUACCGCUGGGCCUGGUGGGAUCCUGGACAGGAGGAGCUGGAUAGAUUUCGGAAAGGUAAAAAGACUCUGUGGUGGUUGCCGGCCUGGGUCAAAAGCUAUAGCUAUAUUGCGGCUGAUACCAUUUGGAAUCCCGCGCCAUAUCUUCGCCACGGUCGCAACACCAUAUCAAGACUCAGCAGGGGAUCUGCUUCCCUCGCGGUUAUGACUGGAGCACUUUCAGAAAGCCAU